UGACGUGUCAAAUUGUUGCAAAACAGAAAGCCAAAUCCAUUAGAAUAUUGUUACCAACUCUUUUUUUGUGUUUUACGCUGUUUGUUAUGUUUGUGUGCCGGUUUUAAACUGAGCCAACGUUAGUUUACAUCAUUCGCCUUUGUAAUACCCCUUUACCGGUUCGAAGAAAUGAGUAAAGUGGUGCUAGUAACGGGUGGAACUGGGCUGAUUGGAAAGGCCAUCGAAACGGUGAUAAAGGAAGAAAAUCCGGCAGAUGAACGAUGGAUUUUUGUCGGCUCGAAAGAUGCGGAUCUAACCGACUUGGCAGCAACGCGGGAAAUGUUCCAGAAACAUCAACCAACGCAUGUGGUGCACCUGGCAGCGAUGGUCGGCGGAUUGUUCCACAACAUGAGCAAUAAUUUAGAUUUCUUUCGCAAAAACAUGCUGAUCAAUGAUAACAUACUGCUGCUCAGCCACGAGCUCAAGGCGAAGAAGGUCGUAUCGUGCCUGUCGACCUGCAUCUUCCCCGAUAAAACCUCUUAUCCCAUCGAUGAAACUAUGAUACACAAUGGACCGCCGCACGAUUCGAAUUUCGGCUACAGCCACGCCAAGCGUAUGAUCGACGUGCUGAACCGCGCUUACAACCAGCAGUACGGCGACAUGUUCACUUCAGUGGUGCCUUGCAACGUAUUUGGACCGCACGAUAACUUUGUGCCGGGUGUAAGCCACGUGAUUCCCGGCAUGAUCCAUCGACUGCAUGAACUAAUGUUUGUUACAAACCCCGACGAACCGCAAGAAAACAAAUCCUUCUCCGUGUACGGAACGGGCAAGCCUCUCCGGCAGUUCAUCUACUCGCUGGAUCUAGCCAAACUUUUCAUCUGGGUGCUGCGCGACUACAACAGCGUCGAGCCGAUCAUCCUUUCCGUUGACGAAUCGGCCGAAGUAUCGAUCGCUCAGCUGGCUGAAUCACUUGCCAAAGCGUUCGAUUUCAAGGGCAAGCUCGAGUUCGACACCACCAAAGCGGACGGUCAGUACAAGAAGACAGCUUCCAAUGCGAAGCUAAGGAAGCACCUGCCCAACUUUAAGUUUACCGACUUUGACGUUGCUAUCAAGGAUACCGUGCAGUGGUACAUUGCCAACUACGAGAAAGCGAGGAAGUGAAUAAAGGAACAGAAGAGUCAUCAUGAUACGAA